UACCAAACACUUCCCUUCAAAAAAAAAAAAAAUGUACCAAACAUUUCACUAAGUCACUUGUUAUAAGUAGUAGCUCCUCACUUUCAUGUCUCCAGGAACCUUAAUAACCAUGCCUCAUCUUUUCUUUCCUUUUUUGUUGUUUACGGUAUAUAAACAAAAUAACCACUAAAAAUGGAGCCGAGGUUAAAACCCUGGUCGCAACGUAGCAAUUUCUACAUUUUUAUAGGUUGUCAAAACUUAUCAAUUUCAUGUCUCAUCUUCUACUCAUGUUAAUCUUUAUUCUACUGCUAGUGUUCAUAGCAAGGAUCACAUACUCAAUAAUUUUGCUACCAUGGAUCAUUUCACGUCACUUUCACAAACAAGGCAUAAGGGGUCCUUCCUACUGUCUGAUCAAAGGCAACUCCGAUGAGAUCCGCCGUAUGUUUGCGGAAGUUCAAUCUAAGCCAAUGGAUUUAUGCCACGAUAUUGUUCAUCGUGUGUGUCCAUCUUAUCAUAGGUGGGCUCCUUUGUAUGGGAAAAUUGUCCUCAGUUGGUAUGGGUCGGAGCCCCGACUGAUAAUAUCCGAUCCGGUUAUAAUUAAAGAGGCACUAUUGAAAACGGGUGAAUUGUUUGAGAAGUUGGAACCUAAUCCGUCGUUGAAACGGUUUUAUGGAGAAGGAAUUCUCUUCUCAAAGGGAAAGAAAUGGACCGUUUAUAGAUCAAUUGCUAGUCAUGCUUUUAAAAUGGAGCAUAGUAAGUCUUGGAUUCCCCAAAUUAUAGACACCACAAAAUUAAUGUUUUGCAAGUGGGAAGAUGAGAACAAUGGCAUUGAAGAAUUUGAGAUUGAUGUGAAUAAAGAUCUCCAAAAAUUUUCAGCUGAUGUUAUAUCUAAAGUUGCUUUUGGAAGUAGCUAUGAAGAAGGGAAAGAGAUUUUCAAGUUACAAGAUCAACAUUGUCAUCUUGCUAGUCUUUCUAUCAGAACUGCUUAUUUUCCUGGGUUUAGGUAUAUACCUACCAAGAAGAAUAGAGAAAGAAAGAGAAUAGAAAAGAAAACUCGUGAACUAAUUAAAGUGUUGAUUGACAAUAACCAUAAAACACAAAACAAUUCAGAAAAUUUGCUUGCUUUGUUGAUGUCUCCUCACAAAUUUAUCAACAAUGAGACACAAAGGCUAGGAUUGGAUGAGAUUAUAGAUAAUUGUAAAAAUUUCUAUUUGACAGGAAAGGAAACAAUUGCCAAUUCAGUGAGCUGGGCUAUCUUUCUUUUAGGGCUGAAUCAAGAAUGGCAAAGCAAGGCACGUGAGGAGGUAUUUCAUGUUUUAGGACAUCACACAUCCCCAACUGCAGAAACAUUAAGUGACCUCAAAUUAGUGAGCUUGGUAAUUCAAGAAACACUUAGACUUUAUCCUGUAGCAGCAGUAAUGGUGAGGCAAGCAAGUAAAAGAGUUAACAUUGGGAACAUUGAUAUUCUUGCUGGCACACAAUUAUAUAUGUCUAUAAUUUCAGUUCAUCAUGAUACUCAAAUAUGGGGAGAAGAUGCUAUUGAUUUCAAUCCAAUGAGAUUUACAAAGUCCCAAAAGCAUUCAUCUUCAUAUUUUCCAUUUGGAUUUGGCCCCAACUAUUGUGUGGGUCAAAAUUUAGCAUUGAUUGAAAUGAAGAUUGUUCUUGCCAUGCUUUUGCAGAGAUAUUCUUUUACUGUUUCACCAACAUAUGUUCAUGGACCGAUGUUGGUGAUGAGUGUGUCACCUCAAUAUGGCAUGCAAAUCGUUUUUAGAAGAUUAUGAAAAUGAUAUCAACAUAUGGAAUAUGAUCAUUCUCUUAUUUAUGGUAAAUUGUAUAACUAUUAUUUUAGUGUGAAGUUCUAUUUUUUUC